AUGGCCAAGGUCAUCAUACCAGAACCAUGCAUUGCCAAAGUCACAAUACCAGACCCAAAUACGGCCAAAGUCACAAAACCAGAACCAUGCAUGGUCAAGGUCACAAUACCAGACCCAAGUACGGCCAAAGUCACAAUACCAGACCCAAGUACGGCCAAAGUCACAAUACCAGACCCAAGUACGGCCAAGGUCACAAUACCUGAAUCAUGCCUGGCCAAGGUCACAAUACCAGAACCAUGCAUGACCAAGGUCGCAAUACCAGAACCAUGCAUGGUCAAGGUCACAAUACCAGAACCAUGCAUGACCAAGGUCACAAUACCAGAACCAUGCAUGGCCAAGGUCACAAUACCAGAACCAUGCAUGACCAAAGUCACAAUACCAGACCCAAGUGCGGCCAAAGUCACAAUACCAGACCCAAGUACGGCCAAGGUCACAAUACCAGAACCAUGUAUAGUAAAUGUCUCAAUACCAGAACAACGCAUAGUCACAAUACUAAAAGCAUGCACAGUCAAUGUCUCAAUAUUUGAACGACUGGAAGUUUUUCUCAAUACUAAAGUCAUGCACAGUUAA